UGCUCCGCGCUCGCAGCUUCUGGUUAUAUAGUAACCUGUUGCUUUAGCCACAGCUCCACCUCUCUCUCUCCUCCCACUGCCGCGCCAAGAAGCCCUUCCACCUGCCCUCAGAGAGGCUCGAAAGUCUGAACUGGGAGAAAGACAAAACCAGAAAGAGGGCAAGGAGCGAGGCGCAGCUCUCGCCCUCGGCCCUUCAGCUCCUGGGCAGCGAUCCUCAUUCGGGGAGCAGCGCUUUGCCGAGGGUACCGGACGCGGACGCCUGGCGGGGGGCGAGGAUGGCAGGAAGCCUGGACUAGGAGGGAAGGAGCGGAAAGGGUUAGAGCUGUCGGGAGCCUGGAAAUUCGAGCCGAUUCUUCUGAGCAAAGGUGCAUGCCGCGGAAGCAGUAUGAGCCAGAAAGGAUCUUUGAGCAGCUGCCCUGGCUCUGCAAAUGGCAGCAUGGGCAAGGCAAAUGGAGCUGGUAAAUUGAGCGCGAAAGAUUUAUACGAGCAAAGAAAGAAGUAUUCCAACUCCAAUGUCAUAAUGCAUGAGACGUCACAAUACCAUGUGCAGCAUUUAGCCACCUUCAUCAUGGACAAGAGUGAGGGCAGUGUAACAGUGGAUGAUGCCAUCAAGAAGUUCAAGCUGCUUCACUCAAAAGAGAAGAUCUGGGCUCAAGAGAUGUUGCUGCAGGUGAAUGACAAGUCCAUCCGACUUCUGGACUGUGAAACGCAGGAAGAGCUGGAAGACUUCCUCCUGCCAACAGUCCUGCACUGCCGAGUCGAGCAGAACCAGUUGUGCUACCCCUCCAUCCUCCUGCUGGUGUGUCAGGACUCGGAGCAGCACAAGCCUGACAUCCACUUCUUCAACUGCGACGAGGUGGAGGCAGAAAUUAUUCAUGAAGACAUAGAAAGUGCACUUUCUGACCAAAAGUUGGGAAAGAAGAUACGGCCGCAGACACUCAAGGUUAACCAGGAGAAGAUAAAGCAGAGGCAAUCCAUCCUCCCUCCGCCUCAAGGGCCAGCUCCCAUCUCUUUCCAGCAUGACCCAAGAGGCUACCCGAAGAACAAUGUGAACCGAGCGGCUGCCCUCUCACAGCAGAAUAACCCAGAAUAUGAUCGAAGAAAUUCCAAUUCUCAGGAACAGGAAGAGUCCAGGGCAAUUCUUGCACAGAAGAUUGAGAAAGAAACGCAAAUCCUGAACUGUACUCUUGAUGACAUUGAGCUGUUUGUUGCCAAGCUUCAGAAGGCAGCAGAAGCAUUCAGACAGCUGAACCAGAGGAAGAAAGGAAAAAAGAACAAGAAGAAGGCACCAGCAGAGGGAGUUCUGACUUUGAGAUCAAAACCCCCAAGUGAGGCUGAAUUCAUCGACUGCUUCCAGAAAACCAAGCUGGCACUAAAUCUCCUGGCAAAACUGAGGAAGCAUAUCCAGAAUCCAAGCGCUUCGGAAUUAGUGCAUUUCCUUUUUGGACCACUGGAACUGAUUGUCAACAGUUGUGGAGGUCCCGAUCUUGCGAGGAGUAUCCUCAGCCCACUUCUUUCCAAAGAUACCACAGAUUUCCUGAAAGGACAUCUUACACCAAAGGAGAUGGCUUUGUGGGAAUCCUUAGGAGAGACGUGGACAAGGUCAAGGGCUGAAUGGCCAAGAGAUGCCAACAUCCCAAGCUAUAUUCCGAAGUUCCGCAAUGGAUGGGAGCCACCCUUGGAAAUCUUCCGUGGAGCCCCUUGGGAAACGGAUAUGGGCCUGCAAGAAGAGCCAUCAUCACCCAAUGGCUAUCCCAGCCGGAACCUGAAGCCUGCCCAGAUGCCUGAUCAAAUGCAAUCUGUGGAUGCCUUUGCUCCCCAUGCGCAACCCGUCAAUAGGGAUACACAGAGCAAAAGAUUCGCCAAAAUUCAGUAUGACUUCACUGCUCGAAAUGCCACCGAACUUUCAGUGCAGAAGGAUGAGAUUCUAGAGGUGUUGGAAGAUAAUAAACAGUGGUGGAAACUGAGAAAUCGAAGUGGGCAGACUGGCUAUGUUCCAUAUAAUAUCUUGGAUCUGGUGAAGAUAGAGGAUUAUGGGUCACUCGAUCAGAAAUACAAAGGAGAGUUGAGCCCAAGAGGAACUGGACCUUCCAGCCCCCCACAUAAAUUGCCUGCCAGCUAUGCUGGAGAUAAAUGGGGAAGUGAGAUGUUAGCCCGUAAUUCUCCUGAUGCCAAAGAACAACUGAUUCAUCACAUGGAUGAAGUCAAUGACGAACUGCUGAAAAAGAUCACCAACAGCAAAGUCCCUCAAAGGCACUUUAAAGUAGAGAAGGCGCAGCACGUCCAUGUGCCCAUGACUUUUGAAUCCACUCCUGAGGAAGUCAGAGCCUGGCUGGAAGCAAAUUCUUUCAAUAAAGCGAUUGUGGACCACCUCGGCAUACUGACAGGGGCACAACUUUUCUCACUGAACAAGGAAGAACUGAAAAAAGUAUGCGGAGAAGAAGGUGCCCGAGUUUAUAGCAAAAUCACAGUGCAAAAGUCGAUCGCUGAGAAAUGCAGAGGAGAGACAGAGCUUCAAGAAAUCAUGAAGAGACGCCAAGAGAGGAUUGAUUCUGCUAUUUAACUUCUGCCUUUCCCCUGUCCCCAACUCCUAAUCAUAUACACUUGCUUGCAGAAAAAAGGGAAAGAGAUGAAAAAUUAAAUAAAGUCACCCAUUACAAUGAUAAAACAUGGCGGGGAUCAGUGCCGAACAAUGUAAAUUGCCAUCCAAACGGACUGUUCCUUCGCACUGUUGAUAAAGGGGAAGCUAACGUGACUUUGCAUUGGGAGAGAGGGUCCUGUACUGCACAAAGUAUUAUUUUUGUAUCUCUGUAUUUUAUGCACAAACAUUAUGUUUGUGAAGUUUAGACUAUGAGGAGGAUCAGAAUUCAUGUUCAAAGCAAAGACUGGAUCAAAGCAAAAUGGCCUUAAGGUAAUCUUUGUUUCCUGUACGGCCCGUUACUGAUAAAGCUUCAUAAAAUGGGCUGGAGAGAUACAGCUACGAGAAUGAGAAUGCUUGGAGGCCCUGUGUUUUGAAGAUAAUGUGCUCCCAUAUCUUUUAUUAUGUAUGAUGCAAUAAGGCCUGAAUUAGCGCAUCAUGGGGGUGGGAAUACUUCCUGGGAACACAACUGUGACAUAUCAUAACCCAGCAAACGGAUGACAACCCGAUGAUUGACCGGCAGGCAAAAGAUUUAUGUUCUUUUGGAUUUCUCCAGAAUGAAUUUGGCCACCAAGCUGACUUUUGCUUUCCCACGGGAUGUUUCUAUGAUGCCACCAUGUAUCAAGCUUAUCUUGGGUUCAUCCAAGGGCAGUUUUAAAAAAAGCACUAGCAGCUGCAUCCUCUCAAAAAGUGAUAUGAAGACCACCUUGGGUAUAACUGGAUAUGCUCUGCAGAGCUUUUGGACAAGUGGUUGAGCUUGUCCCUCCCACAUCCACCCACUUAAGGCUUCAUCAUUACAUCGAGGCAAGCCUGGCUUGGCUCUGCGCUUGCAUCUCUGGGAUGACACAAGCCUCUUUUCUGAUCCUGAAAUGAUGGUAUGGAACGUCUGUUAAGCUUCACUACCUAAGUUAGUUAAAUAGUCAUAUUAUCAUAUUAAAAAGGAACAUGAAGAUUUGCAGUACAGAUCAUAUCUAAGCUGGACCUUAAUAAUGUACAAGAAAAGUCUUAGUUUCUUACUGGUAUAAGGAGACAACUUGCUUUCUUGAAGUCCCUAACAAUACAAUCCUGUAAUUGUCUAAUUAAAUUCAGCGGAAUUUAAUCCUAGUUCAGUAUAUAGGCUUGGAGCCUAAAUGGCCUUCCCUCUAUUUUACCCAUUUUCAUGAACCUGCACUAGACCAGACUUUAUAGUGGCUGGGGGUGGGGGGAGAGGUAUAUCUUUUGCUUCUUAAAGAGCUAGUAACUAAAUACUACAAUUGAGCAAUCUCUCCCUCCCUCCCUCUCAUUUGCUAUUUUUCCAAGUUCGAGGUGAGGCUGAAAUUAACUGAAGCACAUCUCACAUUUCUUUGUUUCAUCCGCCUGUUAACAAUAUGGGAUGGGCACAGAUUAGCAGUGUUUGUCUUGGAAUUUGUUCUUGACCGCACAGUCACAGUAUUGCCCAACUGGAACAUCAAUCAAUAACCAAAAGAUGAUUCUGCACAUGAGAUUUAACUCUGAUUUGAUAUAUAUUCUCACCAUCCUGCCCUGGGGGUGCUUCAGCUAUGCAAUUUGCUUUAAUCAAGGGAUGCACAUUUUAGGGCCUACGAGGCCAUCAGUGUUGGGUCUAAGGGAAUACUACAAUGAAUUGAAGUUUCAUUUUUAAAAAGUUUCUGGUCCAUAUGGUGAGGAAGAACAACUUGAGAAUAUGCAUGUAGAACAUGCAUCUAGCACAUGUAUCCUCAGAACCCAUAAAGCAGUAAAACAGUGCAAUCCAAAUUUUCUUAGGUUCUUAGGUUCCUGCUGUUUGAAUAAACGUGUUUGGUCAGUUGGUUCGUCGUGCUGACAUGUGGGUGUCGCUCUACGCCCAGCUGUUUACACAGCUAAUUGUUCUUUGAAGGAUUAGAUAUAAGCCAAACCUCACAAGCAAGAGUGGUUCUUGGGUGCUUUGUCCUUGUUCUGUCCAAAUUAAACAGCUGAAUACCAGUCCCCUUUGCUGCACGGUUUGAAACUACUUAGCUCAGCACUGGUAAAGUAUGCAGAUCUUUUGGUACAGCCAUCUAUGGCAACAGGUGCAGUUGAUGUUGGUAAAUAAAAACUCCAUUUAAGCUUUGAUGCUUUUGCACAUCUGGAAAUAGACAUGUCUGUGUGAACAAAAGUGGCUGCUGGAUGUUCUUUUAUUUUGAUUCUGGAAAUCUGAAGAUGUAUCUGGGCUAUGCCUGAGUCCUGCAAAGCCUUUUAACAUGCCGACAUCACAUGCUAUGAACUGCCCCAUGACUCUGUAAUUUACUCAAAGAAAUUCUAUUCCUCUGCAUGUUUGGAGAAUUUUGCAACACCAAAACUUUGGGAAAUGCAGUCUUCCCUGCAAAACAUUUCUCUAUCUAUAAUUGUUAUUUGUACAUUAGCCACAAUAGUUUUAGAUUAUCUGUACAUAAAUAUAUAUACAAGGUUCUUUACAAAAACUAAAAGCAGGCAUAAAAGUGAUGGACCUAUAGCAAAAUGAAAUGUUCAUAUUAUAUAUUGCAUGUUAAAGGUAGCUGCACAAUUAUAAUUUAAUCACACUUGAAGAAUCAGAACCAGUAUAAAGUACAGUAUAUAUUAUAUAUGAAGCUGGCAAGUAUAUAGCCAGCAGAAUAUGCAUUUAUUUUUGUUUAACUGUGUAAACCAGCCUGAUAGAGCAGACAAAGCAAACAAACUGCUUAUUAUGCAGAGUAAUACUAAUGAAAGUCCAGCAAAGUAAAGAAAAACAUAAUUUCUUGGAGGAAGAAUAAAAUACACAUUACAAAUAAA